CAAAUAUGUCGAAUGGCGUAGUCUGGUUAUUCAUUCCCUCUUGAUUUAUUUUAAGAGAUCAGUUGGCAAGAACUAACCUGAAUCAUCUAUUCUUUAAAUUGAGCUGACUUCUCAACAUCAGAAGCUCGUGCGAACCUGUUAAAGAAGUUCAAAACAACAGAAGGAUUUCUACACUCAAAUACUAUAACAAUAAAUCGCACGUUUGACCAAAAAAAAACAUGAACGAUCGACAGAAUGAAAUGCAACACGCAGGAACAUCGAAAAUUACCGUAGGCGAUCUUCCACAAAUCGCUGCCAAACAUACAAAGGAAAUGCAAAUUGGAGAUAAGUACUGUAUUUCCAUAAACAAAAGAAGAUUUUUACGGAAAAUGGUAAGUUUAUAAAUAUAAAUAAGGAGAUAAACAAGAAGAAAUGCUUUUAAUGUCUUGCAGAUAACAAAGAAGCGAAUGUAGAACAGACAUCACCCUGUCAAUUUUGCAAAAUAGACAUACAGGAAUUAUUAAAGAAAUGUAAUGGAAAACUUAGGAACGCGUAUCGAACAUUCAGUGCUUACAUGGAUUCUCCACUUCUGUACAGUGAAAAGACUGUUCCUUUAAUAGAUUAUUAUGUAGAUUUAGUGCUGGAAAAAACAGAUCAUUCUGGAAAUCCAAUAAAAGACAUGAUUACCAUCGACAAGGUGUUGAUGAAAAUUACUGAUGAACAUACAAAUAUUCUUGUAUAUGGAGAUCCGGGUUAUGGUAAAUCUACGUUGUGCAAGAAGAUUGCAUACGAUUGGGCCGUUGAUAAUCAUGAAUUACAACAUUUUGACUCUGUUGUCGUCGUGACAUUAAGAGAUCUUCAGGGAAAAAGCAUCGUCCAUGCAAUUCUGGAAGCCGUUUGUGGAAAUCAUGAAGUGGGAAUGAAGGGAAAAAUAUGGAAUGCCGAUGUAAACUUCUUGAUUAUUUUAGACGGUUACGACGAAUUCCCCGAUAGAAAUUCAGUAAUUCAAUUUAUAAAAGAGGAUUCUUUCGAGAUUUCACGAAAUAUGACGAUUCUUGUAACCAGUCGUCCCGAACCUGCACAGGAAAUAACGAAGGCAUUUGACAUGAAACUUAAUCUCAUUGGAUUUGAAUGUUAUCAUCAACAUAAAUAUGUAAGCUUAGUUUUCAAACAGUCUAAAGAUAAAAAACGCAGUCUUCAGUAUGUGUUAGAAAGAGAUGGUUUCCUUUUUAAUUUAUCGAAAUGCCCAUUAAUGUUACAUUUGCUGUGUUGUUUGCAUAAGUUGGUAAGAUUAGAAUGUACCAAAAGAAAAACAGAUGUGUUUAUUCUAAUAUUUGAAUUUCUUAUCGAGAAAUAUAUGAGAGCUAAUGGUGGAUGUAACCAUUUGAAGAAGGGAAAGUAUUUUUAUGGUGAAGAUCUUUUAGUUCGAUUGGGAAAACUAGUUUACGAGAAAAACCAAAUUAUGGGCAGAGUAAAUCACUAUAAAAGGGAAGAAAGAAUUACCUUCGAUGAUUUAAAAGAAUGUUUUCCAGAUGAGAAAGAACUUGAAUUUAUUCUCGGGUUGAAAUUUUUUAUUUCAUUCUGUAACCAAGAUAAAAAUAUAUAUUUUCACUUUAUUCAUGUGGAUUUCGAGACAUUUCUCAUCGCUCUUUAUUUACAUAAAAACACCGAAGAAUCACGUUUCGAUAUUUUCUUGCAAAUAACUAGCCAUUCGCCUAAUUACUAUAUUACGUUAUUUUAUAUGGGUCUGUUUGGAGAUGAGAAAAUUCCAGAAUUUUUUAAAAAUUAUUUUGUGAAAGUUAAACAUUUGCAACGUUUUGAAAAUGAAAUAUGCAAUGAAAUUACCAAUGCAGAUAACAUCGUCAUAAUGAAGGACCAAAAUUCCAUUAUACAAAAAGUCAUAAAAAUUGUAUAUGAAUUGAAGAAAACCCUAAUUAAUUAAGCAGGAUGUAUCUUCAAUAAUAUAAUGUUUAUUGAAUGUUGAUUGGUGCUUAUUCUUUUUUUGUUCGUUUUGUUGAUUUUAAUUUAAGAUGCUUGUAAAAAGCCAACCAGGCCACAGUUUCUUUUUGAGAAAUAAAAUAAAUAAAUAAAUAGUUGACAGUUA